UUUUGUCCGAUUAGCAAAACGCAACGAAAAACUAAAAUCCCAUCCAAAUUUAAAUUGUGGUCGUUCGUUUGUUUUUAGUUUAUAAUUUUAUACCACGAAACGUAGUACUUUUAAUUCGUUUGUCGUGAAUUUCAUUUCUACAAUUUACUGCAAUGUGCUAGUAAAACUAAACCGAAGAAAUUGAUUAAUUCAACGAAAGAAAUUUAAAAAUAAAAACAACAAAUUGAAAACCUAUGCGUAAGCGUGUGACGACGAAGAAGAAAAGUGCAACAAAUACAUGAAUACAAUUAAUAGAUCAACGUGAAGCCUAAAUUAAAUCCCUAGUUAACCAAAAUCACCAAAAUAUUUUCAUAGUUUUUAAGAAAUAUUUUAAGUGUGAUAGCAAGUUCUAAAACACAUCAAAAGAAGUUAUUUUCAAAAACAAAUCAACUGCAAACCAUUUCGAAUCGAAUCAAGUCGAAUUGAUUCGAUUAACAGCUGUGCUGUCCACAUGCACCUGUGUGUGUGAGGGGGCGCGCGCGUGUGCGUGUACGUGAGUGUUUAGUGUGUGUGUGUCACAUUGUUAGUGGCGAAAAUUGAAACGCCCGCUAAACAAAGUCAAACGCUAGAUGGCGCUGUCCCUGCCGCCUGUGACCAGUGUUGUUGUUGUUGAUGUUGAUGCUGCAGCUAAUAAAACGCGGAAAGGCAAAUUAUAACCGCCCACCAAACCCCACAACACAAAACCACCCCCCAAAAGGCAGUCGGAUAAAUAAAUAAAUUUCAAUUUAUUAGCAUAACAAAAUCAACUCCCCAACAAAAAAAUAAUAAAUAACAAGAGUUUCGCAUUACCCAUCGUCGCUCGGUUCAAAUUGCGUCGCGUCGCGUCGCGAUCGUCGCUAGUCCUCGGAUCGGAUCGGAACGGAACAUUAUAGUACGGACGGUUACGGAUCAGAUCGGAUCAGUUGGCAGUCGGUGGCACCUGACAACGCAACGCUAACCGCUAUUAUGCAUCGGCGUCGUCGGCUGGCCAGUGCAAAAAUCGCAUUCAAAUUGGCGGGCGAACAGCAGCUAACACAACUGACAGAACGCAAAUAAAUAUAUAAACAGUCAAUAAUAAAUAAUUACCCGUAGUUGUGACAACCGAGGGUGUAUCGUAACUUUUUCCGUGGCCCAAAUAAUCCAAGAAUCGUCAGCAAUCCUGGAUUAUUUGCUAAAGACUUUGCGCACGCUGAAAUCUAAUUCGAUUAUGGCCGAGAAUCAAAGUGCGGCCAGCGAAGAUUCCGGUCACCAACAGCAGCAGCAGCAACAGCAACACCACCAACAUCAGCAACCACUAGCCGCCACAUCAGUCACCGCCGCUUCAGCCACAUCGAGCUUAGCUAACCAGUCGCCCACUAACUCGCAGGCCUCAUCGCCGGAAAACUCACAGGAAGCACUGCCCUUGGUGCGACGCCAAUCAUCAUCAGCAGCAGCCACAGUAGCAACAGCAGCAGCAACAGUUGCAGCCACAAGCAGCAACACUCCGCAGCAGCAGCGCAGCAGCAUCAGCAACAUGUUCGAUCGCACGGUGAAUGCCAAGUUCAAGCCGGCCGCUUCAAAUGCCGGAACCGGCAACAAUCCGGGACGCAGGAACUCCAUGCUGACACCGGCCCGAGGGGUCAGCGUGGGCGGCACUGGCGGCAACAUACGCAAGCUGACCAAGGUGAACUCCCUGACCAGCAACCAUCACUUUGCUCCGUGCUAUCCCCCCAGCAACAUCUAUCAGAACAGCAACAAUGCCGGCAGCAACUCGGCUUUGCAGCGCACGACCAGCGAAAGUUUGCGUCUAAACUCGCUGAGUCGUGUGGCAGCAGCGGCAGCCACAUCGGUGUCCAGAGCCAGUAGCAACUCGAGCCUGGCCACGUCCACCUCCACAUCGCUGGCCCCCAAAUCCAGCAGUAGCAGUGGUGGCAGCAACUCGACCCCGCAGCAACAGCAGCCGGUAAGCAGCAGCAACAGCAGCAGCAGUGGAGGCAGCAACAACAGCGGUUACACCAAGGCCAGUUCCCCCAACAAUAAUGGGGCACGUUCGGUGGGCGGAGCAACUGCAACUGCAGCUCCAGCGGCAGCAGCAGGCAGCCAUCACCAUCAGCCACAUCACCACCAUCAUCACCAUCACCACCACCAGCAUCACAACCACCAGCAGCAGCAUCAGCAUCAGACUAGCCUCAGCCAAGGACACGCCUCGUUGACCGUCGCCGGUGGGGCUGCUGCGGGUGGGGGUGGCGGGGGCUCCUCGGGGGCCACUGGAGGUGCCACCAAUCGCAAACCAAAGACGACUUCCUCAUUCGAAAUCACCUCGGUGACGGUGGGCCAUCCCAAGCUGAAUGCUGCCGGCGAUACUGGAGACGAGUCGGCCGAUGAUCUGGACGAAUCUCACACGGAUGACAAUAGUCGGAUAACGGACCUGGAGAACGAGACGCCCUCGAUGUCCGAGGACACGUUCUCCAAGGAGGAGGUGUACUAUGCCAACAAUGCCCUCAGCACGAAUGCGCCGGUGAUACCGACUAGCUCGCAAUACGGCCUCGUGGUGGUGGAUCCCAUUGGUCCGUCGCUGGGCCAGACGAUCCAGAAUGUGCAGGUGAACGUGUCGGAUAACAUCAUCAACGUGGUGAGUGGUGCCGUCACACCGGGGGGCACCAAGAAGAAGGACGACAUCAAGGAGACGCAGCAUCGCAGCGAGCGGUUCAAGGUGGUCAAAAUCGAGUCCACGGAGCCGUUCAAGCGGGGUCGCUGGAUGUGCAUGGAUUACCUGGACCACUCGAGUGUGGGUAAUGGUGGUAAUAACAACGAAAAGACUGGCUCUUCUACUUCCGAUGCGCACGCAGCCACGGCUGACGGUGCAGCAGGUGUUGCCGGUGGGUCGGAGGCCCUGCCGCACAAGACCACCCAGAGUAUGAUUCUGCCGCCCACCCAGAAGCUGAACGAGAAUCAUCUGGAGGCCAACUCGACCGAUGCCAAUUGGAACUAUGCCGAGCAACAGCAGCAGCAACAGUCGCAGCAGCUGUCGCAAUCCCAGCAGCAAUCCUCGCAGCAGCAGCAGCAACAGGCUCAGAUAAGUGCCACGCCCAGUGGGGUGAUGACGGCCCCCGCUACAGUGGUGCACGGGAUGCAUCAGCUUCACAUGGAGGCCCAGCAGCAACAACAGCAACUCUUCGACAGCGUCAAUGCCAAUGCCAGUUCACCCAACCCGCCCGGUGACCCCAACAACUUGGACUAUGCUCGAACAGCGGCCAUGCAGUUGCACCAAACGCUGCAGCAGCUGAAGCAGCGCGAGGAGGCCAUGGACGUGCCGCCAGGGGGUUAUCAAAAUUACCAGAACGGCGGCGAUGUUGCUGGCGGGGCGGCCAACAACAACAACAGCGGUGGAGCGGCAGCUGGCGAGUCGCAGCUCAGCACCAGCUAUGUGGAGCAACAGCAGCAGCCGCUGUCGCCGGCACCACUCACGCCCCAGGCCACGCCCACAUUCGCAGCUGUUGCUGCCGGGCAGGCGCCAAACUUCCAAUUGGAGCAACAGCAUCAGCAGCAACAAGCAACAUCGCAGAUUGACGGGAUAGUCUCACAGCCAUUUAACCAACAGCAGCAGCAGCAGACCCCACUGCAAUCAAACCCACAGCAAACCCCAGCAGCAGCAACAUCUGCAGUUGCUGCAGCACCACCACAACAGACUUCAAACACUUCCAAUGCAACGGUGACCACUGGCCAGGGUCAGACAUUGCCGCUGUUAUCACACAUGACCAGCUACGAGCAGCAGCAGCAGCCCAAUCUAGGAGCAGCAGCUGCAGCAUCAGUCACGGCAGCAACAUCGGUGACUGCCUCGCCGGCAAUUCCCACGCUGCAAUUGCAGAGUGCUCCUUCGACAAUUGCCGAUCCACAGCAAUUGAUGGUGCCACAGCAGCAGCAGCAGCAACAGCAGGAGGAGCAACAACAGCAGCAGACUCAGCAGCAACAGCAACAGAUUCCGCCAACAAAUAUCGCGAGUGCUAGUGCCAAUAAUAGUAAUCUUAACCUAACGAAUGCGAAUGUUGUGGCCACCGCCGAGGCAUUGUCAAACGCGCUAACCUUGACCGAAGAUCAGGCGACCGCCGCAAACGCCGCUGCAGCUGCAGCCGCAGUUGCAACCGGAGCUGCAGCAGCAACAGGAGCCACAUCGACAGCAGCAGCAACGCAGCAGCAAAUCCAACAGCUACAACAGCAACCAAAUGCAGAAUCCGAGACUGAAAGCUCCAGAAUCAGCGGAAGUCGGAAGCGGGCCUUUAGCAAUCCCCACAUAGGAGGCCCCAACGAUCCCACCUUCGUCCAUCGACUGAACCCGCAACUCUACUACUACAACAAGUCGCAGUCGGGGCGGAGUUCCUUCUGCGUGGACGAGUCCCUGUGGCCCACCAGCAAUCCGAAUGGAACGGCCAGCGAUACGAAUCUGUACAUGGGUUCCAGCACGGAGGAGGACUACGAGGAGGCCAUUGACCAGUUCUCGCCCACGAUGUACACGAGGGCGGCGGCGAGUCGGGCGAUUCCGAUUCCAAGUAGUGCCGGCAGUAGUCCUCAGCAUCAUCCGCAUCUGAAUCCGCAUCCGAAUCCGCAUCCCCUUUCGCAUUCGCAGCACCAUCACUCGCAGCCGAGGAUUGCGACUGGGAUUGGUUUGGUGGGAGGAGGAGGAUUAGGAUUAGGAGGAGGAGGACCUGCGACGGCUGCUUUCAGCGCCAGUCCCUCGAUUUACGCCUACCCGCAUUCGCCCUUCUACGCCAGUUCGCCGGACACGUUGCUUUCGUCACCAGUUCAAACGGCGACCGGGAUGCCAGGAUGCCUGCAUCCGCAUCCGCAUGCCACAUCCGCAUCCCGCAUAUCCAUUAGCUACGAUCCUGCCUUCCAGCGGUUGCAAGUGCCCUUCAUGCCCGGCGAUCGAAGGCCGCGGUCGCCGCUAGAAUGCGCCACCGUUUUCGCCGCCGUGGCCGCAGCUGCCACUUGCGGUGGUGCAGGUGGUGCAGCGGAUACCAUGAUCAACAGUGCAUCUGGAACAAGUGCAGUUGCGAUUGACAACAAAAUCGAGCAGGCAAUGGAUCUGGUCAAGUCGCAUCUCAUGAUAGCGGUGCGCGAGGAGGUGGAAGUUCUGAAGGAGCGCAUAUCCGAGCUGAUGGACAAGAUCAACAAGCUGGAGCUGGAGAACAACAUUCUCAAGUCGAACAUCCCGCAGGAGACGCUGCAGCAGUUGCAGAUGCAGCUCCAGAUCGCCGGCUCAGCAGCCAGCGGCAGUGGCCGCCCCCCGGCCACGCCCGCCAUUCAGGCGGCGCCGGCGGUACAGAGUGCCGUUGCCGCUGCCGCGGGUCAGGCAGCGCAGGGCGGCCAGGUGGCCGCCGGAGCGGUAACGGGAGUUGCCACCAGCCCAGCGUCCGCAGUGGCGCCCACGACCAUUCCCAACGGCAGCGCCGAGAACGGCGGCAGUGCAGUCAAGUCAGCGGUGGCGGUGGAGCAGCAGCAGGUGACGUCAGCAGCAGCGGUACCCACAGCAAACGGUCCCAUGUCCUAAGCUGUGCUGUGGCCCAAAACACAGUGUUUGUUUUUUAAGCGCCCACGCCUUAGAAAGUGGGGGAAAAUGAACGUUUUUAAGAAUGAAAACCGUAAUGUAAACUCAGCCUGGUCUCUUUCUUAGCCAAGGAGACGGGGCCGAGGAGAGCAGCGAAAGUAUUAGGCCACUAACAACAACAACAGCAGCGGCGGAGAUGCCAACAUGUUAAGAUCAUGUUAGGCUAACCUGCGGUUAGGGACUGUUAUGUUGUUGCUGGCUGUUAAGCUGCUGCAGCCGCCGUUUUGUUAAUUUCUCGAUUGUGAUAUUUGUUUAACACACACACACACAGACUACACCCACCCACACACACACAUGUACACACGCAUCCAUAUAAAGCACACAGAUAGACUGCACGCUAACAGCGACUGCGGCUGGCGCUGUUAACGUCCGCUGUUAACUCAAACGAGUAUAGGAGCUCUUUUAACAUUGCGCUGCUGCGCUUCCACUUUUUGUUUAAUACUUUUUAUUUUUGUUUACCCGUUUGUUUCCACGUUUAUAACGCUACAAAUAAAAUCAUGAAAAUCAUAAACAAACACACCCAGAAAAACACAACCACUUACUGGACUGGCUGCAAAACAAUACUUGAGGAAAGUAGAAUUUUAGCCAGAGGAAAAACAUCAGCAGAAAUACAAAUCGAUAAAGUCAAAUAGAGUGCCAGGAAAAACAAACAGAAGAAAGAAAGGACAGAAGGGAAAUUUAUUGAAAAAAUAUGUGAUAAUUUGCAUUGUGCAGUCAGAGACAUAAGAUGUAAAUUGUAAAAAACAUAAGCAAACAAGAGAAGUAAAGGACAGGAAAGUAGGAUUCAAAUUUCCAAACAUAUUCAACUUUGAUCGAUAAAUACAAAUACAAUUUAAUGAAACAAGAAAAGGCCAGCUGCUAUUUUUAUAAUUUACUUUUAAUUACUACUUUUACUGUAAAAAAAACACAACAGCAAAUAUUAACUACAUCAUAUAUAUGAAUAUGUUUCAAAUUAAACAAAGCGAUAACAAAACACGUAGAAAAUUGUAGUAAUUAUAGUAUACUCUCAAGCUAUAUUUUAAAGAAUGUAUAGCUAUUCAAAAACAAGAAAAAGAACAACAACCAAACAAAACGAAAGCUUAUCAAAAUUGAUUGUUAAACUCUUAAACUAUCUGCAAAACAAAAAAAACCCAAAUAUAUCUGUAAAUAUUGUGUAAAACUAAAAACUAAAAUUGAGAACCAACUUCUAAAGUCACGAUGAUGAAGAUCCAAUGCAAAGAAUAUGAAAGCACGAAAUUAACAAGAUGAAAAGCUACAUUUUUAAGAUGAAGAAAAACUCGUCCUAUUUUUGUUAUAAUUAUUUAGUCGUUAAUUUGCAUUAAUCUUAAUUUGAAAAUUUCUCGAUGUUUAUACGAAAUCUGUUAUAGGAUUUUCUCCACAUUUUCUUUUUCGUUACCCACCCCGCACUCUACGACAGACAAACCCAUAAAGAUGAUUCAUGAAAAGAAGCUGAACUGCUGCAGCUAUUAGAUGGAAGUGUGAAUAACUAAAGGGCAAAGCUCCAGAGGAGAUCCCUCGCCUCCCAAAGUUGUCCCUGUCCGAAGUUGACCGCCCCGUAGACGCCAAGUUUUGUAAUGCCCAAGUGCACUCAUUUGGGGGCAGGAAUAAGAUCCUGCCCCAAAGACCCAAUGCCACACACAAUGCAGCCUGCGGAGACUCAAAUUGUCUAAGGCUAGCGUGGAAAACACUAAAAACUAAUGUCCCACAUAGGUGAGGACCAAUCAUAAUGAAUGAUGACUAAAGUGUGAAGUAAAACCAAAAAUAAUACUCCAGCUGAAGUGCCCAAAACUAGCAGUCUACGGGGCCAACCCAACAGAAGGACAUUUUGGACAGACAGACGGACGGACGAACCCUUAGUAAUUCUGUUGAAAGUAUUUCCCCUUUAUGAUUUUUAUAUGCAAUUCAGAAACCCAUCUUCACGCGUUUCAUGUUUAGUUUUUCUUCUAUGAGUUUUACAAUUUAAGCCUCUUUUUAAGCUAACUAUUAAUUUAUUAAUUAGUUUGUAAGCGCAAAAAUAAUUAAAAUAAAUCUAAACAAAUAACUGCAAA